UUAGUACUUAGUAAGCAUAAGCGUAAGGAGAAGAACAGCCAGCGCGUGGAAGCCACGAGUAAUUGAGAUAUCCACCCGACUCAGAAUGCUUGGAGUUUGCCAGCAUUAACCCAUUUUUAAUUUAUCUAAUUUUCCUUCAAGAGAGAGACAGAGAAAGACAGAAAACAAAAUCUGGCAAGUCUACAUAGAGAAGAAGGCGACAAGGCUGUUACUUUUCUCUUCUUUUCUUUAUUUUUUCUUAAAAAUGAGGGGAGAAAAGGAAAAGAAAAGAAAAGAAAGAGGCAGUAUCGUAGCUUGGUAGAAUCCGUCUUUGUUGUUGUAAUGUUGGCAGAGAGACGAGAGAUGGCAGCAGCUGCUCAUAGCUGGUCUUUGUUUUUGAUCCAAAAACCUGUCUCUCUCUUUCCUCACUGCUCAUAGAUUGCCAGCCAUCCGAAUUGAGUCACACCCACUUCAAUUAUCACUUUAAUUUUUUGAAUUUCUUCGUCGCAUUUGGAAGAUGAACGAACUAUGGUUUUGUUUUGUUUGGUUUGGGGAUAUUACAUUAAGAAUUCAUUACUAGAUAUUUGGGCUUCUUCUUCGUCUUCUUCGUUAUCAUCAAUCAUUGAUCAUCGACUCAAUCAGAGAUUCUUUUGUGGUGGGAGAUUGAUCUUUGGUCCUGAUGUCGCAUCAUUGUUUCUGUCCACACUCCUUAUUACUGGCCCUGCCAUUGCGUUCUGCAUAAGGAUGUAUAUAAAGAUCAAACAUGAAAAUACCAAACAUGUUGCUUACUGUUACUCCAUAUUCAUUCUGGCUGCCAUACUCUCUGCGUUGGAUUUGCUCUUCCUCUUCUUUACCUCUGGUAAGGAUCCUGGAAUUGUACCUAGAAAUUCAAAACCUCCUGAAUCAGAUGAAGCAUUUGAUAUGGCUACCCCAUCUAUGGAGUGGGUUGAUGGUAGAACUCCUCAUUUAAAAUUUACUCGUACAAAAGAUGUAAUAGUUAAUGGCCACUCUGUGAAAGUAAAGUACUGUGACACCUGUAUGCUUUAUCGUCCUCCCCGAGCAUCUCAUUGUUCAAUAUGUAACAACUGUGUUCAGAGGUUUGAUCAUCACUGCCCAUGGGUUGGUCAGUGCAUUGGAAUAUGUAACUAUCGGUUCUUCUUUAUGUUUAUAUCAACCUCAACCAUCUUGUGCAUAUAUGUCUUUGUCUUUUCUUGGAUCAAUGUCCUUGAAAAGGAAGUCGACAAUCAUAGCAAUGUUUGGAAGGCUAUGACACAUGAUAUCCUAUCCAUUGUUCUCAUAGUCUACUGCUUCAUAGCUGUAUGGUUUGUUGGUGGCCUUACAGUUUUCCAUUUCUAUCUAAUUUGCACUAAUCAAACUACGUAUGAGAACUUCCGGUAUCGAUAUGAGAAGAAGGAGAACCCCUAUAACAAGGGAACAGCAGGAAACCUUGGUGAAAUAUUUUUCUCCAAGAUUCCACCUUCAUUGAAUAAUUUCCGUUCAUUUGUGGAGGAAAGUGAGCCUAUGGUUGUGGGAUCAGUGACUUCAAACUUUCUGGAAGGUCCUAUUAGCCCGAAAGAGAAAAUUGACAUUGAGAUGGGAAAUAGAUUUGAUGAAGAUACUGGUUAUUCACUUCCCGGAAUUUUGAGAAAUUUGGAUUAUGAUGAUUUGGAGGAUGAAUUGAAGAUAAAGCAGGAAACAGGAAGAUCUACUGGUCCAUUCUUUCUUGAUCGGCAAGAUAUGAAUAAGUCUGUUGAAAUCUCCAUUCCAGGGGAUGGAAUGGUAAGAAGUGAGCAAAGUUCAGCUUCUGAAAAUGGAGUUAGAGAAUUUAUGCAAAGCUACACUGCAGGAAAUGAAACUGAUACAAUGGAGAAAAAUGAAGAAUGUCACAAUUCUCAGCCAACCACAGCAUUGUCUCUUUGAGUAUAAGUAACUGUGCAGGUUUGAAGGACUAAGUCAAGGUGGAAUACAAGCUCAAAAGAGGUUGUUAAGAGGCUGGAAAAGCGGCAAUAUAUCUGUUCAUUUUGAAUUUCAAAAACUUUUAUUUGUUGUAAGUUGUAAAUGUCACGUUUUGAUGGAAAUAAUGCUGAAACUCAAAACAAAUGGUGUCUGUGAGGGUGAAAAGGGGUUUGUAGAUUGUGUUGUAGGUUCAUCAUUUCUUCCUGUUUCUAGAAUUUGCUUAUUCAGAAUAGAGAUUUUGUAUUUCAUUGGUUAGGAUUGUAGCAUUUCUAGAACUAAAUAGUUUAACAUCUCGUUUCAUUCGAUGGUGGUAUGUAAUUAUGUUUUUUUUUUAAUUUCAUGAGUGAAAUUUUUAAAUUU